GUCACCGACAGACACCAAGGUAUGGAUGUUGGGGUGUUGUGGUUUUUUCUUCUCUUUUUUAAAGAUAGCUUGAAAUCACACCCUGAGAGCUCCCCGUUGACAAUGUCUUCCAUUAAGAUCGAGUGUGUUUUGAGGGAGAACUGCCGGUGUGGGGAGUCUCCGGUGUGGGAGGAGGCGUCCAACUCGCUGCUCUUUGUAGAUAUUCCUGCAGAAAAGGUUUGCCGGUGGGAUUCUCUCAGCAAGCGCGUGCAGCAAGUGACUGUGGAUGCCCCCGUCAGCUCUGUGGCCCUUCGCCAGGGAGGAGGCUAUGUCGCCACCGUUGGAACAAAGUUCUGUGCUUUGAACUGGGAAGAUCAGUCAGCAGUAACCCUGGCCACAGUAGAUAAAGACAAGAAAAACAAUCGGUUCAAUGAUGGGAAGGUGGAUCCCGCUGGGAGAUACUUUGCUGGCACCAUGGCUGAGGAGACAGCCCCCGCGGUUCUGGAGCGGCACCAGGGGUCCCUGUACUCCCUCUUUCCUGACCACCACGUGGAAAAGUAUUUUGACCAGGUGGACAUCUCCAAUGGUUUGGAUUGGUCCCUGGACCAUAAAAUCUUCUAUUACAUUGACAGCCUGUCCUACUCCGUGGAUGCCUUUGACUAUGACCUGCAGACAGGAAAGAUCACCAACCGCAGAAGUAUUUACAAGCUGGAGAAAGAAGAACAAAUUCCAGACGGAAUGUGUAUCGAUGCUGAGGGGAAGCUCUGGGUGGCCUGUUACAAUGGAGGAAGAGUGAUUCGUUUAGAUCCGGAGACAGGGAAAAGACUCCAAACUGUGAAGUUGCCUGUUGUUAAAACAACUUCAUGCUGCUUCGGAGGGAAGGACUACUCUGAAAUGUAUGUGACCUGUGCCCGGGACGGAAUGGACCCCGAGGUUCUUCUGCAGCAGCCUGAAGCUGGUGGAAUUUUCAAGAUAACUGGCCUGGGGGUCAAAGGAAUUCCUCCCUAUCCCUAUGCAGGAUGAGUGGCAGGCCUUCUUUCCUACUGGAGGAACUUUUGAAGAAACGUAGAAAAUUCUAGAGCUGAAAUUUCAAUCUAGUUACAAAAAAGCUAAAGAAAUGAUAUUAUUAACAGGGUUAAUUUUUUUUUACAAUUUUUAAAAGGUAGAGCAUUUUAGUAAGGGGUGACAGGUAGUUUGAUAACACACUAAAAAGCCUUCUGCAAGGGUAAUAUAGAAUUAUAAAGAAUUGUUCAACUGUCAAUCAGCCUCUUGAUUCUUUGCAAAUUGCUAGAAGGGGAGGGGGGACCAUGUCUGUUCUGCAUUCCAUACUUAUUAUACCUAAAGCUUCAGAAAACUAAUAAAUAAUGGCUUAGUAAUGACUUAUUAUGAUUAUGUUCCUUUUUAUUUUUAUCAUAAGCUUAUAAAAUAUACUGCAGUGCUAACCUACCUUCAUAUUAUUCUUCCUACAUGCUAUUUUUUGCAAGCUAAAAUAUUACUGGAGGAUAAGAAUUAAACACUGGCAAAAUCCAUGGCUCCAACUGCCACC